AUGGGCGCCUCGUCUCCUUUCAGGCUCACGCUGGAGUUAGCCUGCCCGAUGGGAUUUAGGCGUUACCCACUCGACAUUCAGAGAUGCCCCAUGACAAUCAGUACUUAUUCAGAGACUACGGAGAAAGCCAUUCUGCAGUGGGAAGACGUCGAUCCAGUAUUCUUUGAGGGCGAAGUGCAAAUUCCUCAGUUCGACCUGCUGGACAUGGUCUACGAGAACUUUACGAUGUCCUUCGACACAGGCACCUUCAGCGUACUGCGAGCCAACUUCACCAUAUCGCGUGAGCGCGGAUUCUACCUGAUAAACAUGUACUUCCCCACGCUGCUUAGCGUCGUCAUUUCCUGGUUUGCCUUCUACCUGCACCUCAACAUGGCUCCCGGAAGAAUCAUCCUCGAUCUAGGCAUGCUGCUCAACCUGCUUUCUGUGAACAGGGGCGUGCGCUCGGAGCUGCCCCCGGUGUCGUACAUGAAAGCCCUGGACGUGUGGAUGGGAGGCUGCAUAUGCGCAGUGUUCGGAUCACUGCUCAUCUUCUCCGUGGUGAACUACAUGGGGCGCAUCAAGCAGCGGCCCAAGCUGUACAGAAUGGUCGACGACGCUGCAUUUGUCCUCGUAACAAGAAAGAAAGAGUUGGCUGAGGACCCAGAGAGCUACGACAGCAAGGAGUACGACGAAUUGCACCGGAACCUCAAAAGAGCGCAGAGCAUCGACCGAUUCGCCCGGGCCGCCUUCCCGUUCGUCUUCCUCGUCUUCAACACUGCCUACUGGUCCCUGUAUUCCAGCCAGGAGUACAUCAGCGCCUAUGGCGAACUGGAGCUUGCCUAAGUUGUGU